UACUACUGUUGAGUAUUUUUCAAUAAACAUUGUAGAAACUCAACCCAAUAAUAUAUUCAAAUUUUAAUUAUAAGUAAAGUACUAAAUUAUUAGUUAAUCGCAUAUUAUAUAAAUGGCCGUACCAUCGCCCAAGUCACCAGAGCAAUCUGAAAGAAGCAGGAAAUAUGAUCGUCAACUUAGAUUAUGGGGUGAUCAGGGACAACAAGACUUGGAAACUGCUCAUGUUUGUAUGAUAAAUGCCACAGCACUUGGAACAGAAAUAUUGAAAUCGUUAGUUUUACCUGGUGUAGGUGCGUUUACAAUAAUUGAUAAUGAAGUCGUCACAGAAGAAGACGUAGGGUCAAAUUUUUUUGUAACUGCUGAAAGAGUUGGAGAGAAAAGAGGAUCAGUCACUUCUCAACUCUUAUGUGAACUUAAUCCAGACACACGAGGCCAUUUUGUUGAUGAAUCUAUUCUUAAAUUAUUAGAUCUAAAUCCUGAAUUAUUCAAAACAUUUACAGUUGUUAUCACUACAUCACUUCAUGAAAAGGAAAUAAUUUCAUUGUCUCAUAAGCUAUGGGAAUGGAAUAUUCCUUUGAUUGUCUGCUCUAGUUAUGGAUUUUUUGGUUCAAUGAGAUUACAAAUAGAUGAACAUACCAUAGUUAAAACACAUCCAGACAAUCAAAAUCCUGAUCUACGAUUAGAUUGCCCAUUCCCAAAACUAAAAGCUCAUUUUGAUAGCUACGAUUUAGAAGCUCUUGAUCUCACAGAUCAUCUACAUGUCCCAUAUUUAGUAAUAUUAUAUAAUCACCUAGACAAAUGGAGAAGAGACAUUGGUGAUGAUACUGCUUUACCUGAAACUUACAAACAAAAACAAGUUAUUCGACAAAACAUCAAAAAUAGCAUUAGGAAACAUGAUAAUGGUUCUCUUUAUCAUGAAGAAAAUUUUGAAGAAGCAGUCAAAUCGGUGAACUUUGCUUACAACCGAACAACAAUUCCUUCAGAAGUUCAACAUAUACUUAAAGAUGAUAAACUCCUUAAUUUGACAUCAAAUAGUAAACCGUUUUGGAUAAUGGCUAGAGCUCUGAAAGAAUUUGUGGAAAAUGAAGGCAACGGUAGACUUCCUGUGCGUGGAACAUUACCUGAUAUGACAGCAGAUACUUUCAAAUAUAUCAGUUUACAACAAUUAUAUCACGAACAAGCGGCAAAGGAUGCUGAAGAAGUUUACAAUAGAGUUCAACAAAUUUUACAAGAUAUUAAUCAACCAGAUGAUACUAUCAAUGAAAAUGAUAUAAAAAUAUUUUGCAAACAUGCAUCAGAAAUCUGUGUGGUAAGAGGUACUAGAAUAGCUGAUGAGUAUGAACGCAAAGGCAGUGCUGAUAAUGAAAUAGCUCAAAGUCUUGAAGAUCCAGAUAGUUUGAUUGAGCACUAUAUUAUAUUAAGGGGAAUCGAAAGGUUUUAUUCUGAAUAUUAUAAUUAUCCUGGUGAAAUUGACGAGCAAGUAGAGUCUGAUAUUCCUAAAUUAAAGUCAUGUAUAUCAAAGCUAUUAAAUGAAUGGGGUUGUAUGUCUUCAACUAAAGAAGAUUGUAUACAUGAGUACUGUCGUUACGGAAAGUCAGAAUUACAUAGUGUAUCAUCUUUCAUGGGUGGUUGUGUAUCACAUGAAGUAAUUAAAUUAAUAACUAAGCAAUAUAAACCUGUAAAUAAUUCAUUUGUUUAUAAUGCUAUUAAUUGCAGUACGGAGUCCUUUAACCUUUAAUAUUUUUAAUUAAAUACAAUUUUGCUCGCAUUCGUUUGUAUAAAAUUUACCAUGAUUUUGUUCAUCACUUACAUUUUUA